AUGCCAGUGAAAUGUUGUUUCCACAGGUCAAGAGCUGGUGAAGCUAUGGCCUGCUCCGAGUCUGUGGACAAGCUGCUAGCUAACAAAGACGGUUUGGCUGCUUUUAGGACAUUUCUGAAGUCAGAGUUUAGUGAGGAGAAUGUGGAGUUCUGGUUGGCCUGUGAAGACUUCAAGAGAACCAGGUCCUCUACCAAGAUGGCUGCAAAAGCCCAGAAGAUUUAUUCUGAAUUUAUACAAGCUGAUGCUCCAAAGGAGAUUAACAUUGACUUCCACACCAAAAACGACAUCUCUCAGAAUAUAUCUGAGCCCACUCUCAGCUGCUUCGAUGAUGCUCAGAGGCUGAUCUACAGCCUCAUGGCAAAGGACUCUUUCCCCAGGUUUCUGAGGUCGGAGGAGUACAAAGACCUGGUAAAGAAGCAAAAGAGCAGGAACCAGAGGAGGUGGCUCCCCUUCUUGUAA